GAGAUAAAAAAACAUUCCCUUGACAUGAACUUCGUCCCAUAUACAACCGACCACGCCGGCCACAUAAUUCCACCGGAUGUAAUAGUCCAACUCCCAUUACCCCUGGAAGAUAAUGAUCUCUUGGCGAAGCCAAGACGAGGGCGACUUCCUUCGCGGCCACCAAACACCUUCUUAAUAUUUAAGAGCGCUUAUACUCGGGUCCUACAGUCCAGAGGUUUGUGGGACCUUAGAAUGAGGGAAGUCACCAGUAGCGCAGCAAAAGCCUGGCGGAUAGCCGCACCUGAGGUCAAAGAUGAAUGCCGUAAGUUGGCGAGCGUUGCAAAGAGAAGGCAUGAAGAAGUGUAUGGACCUGCACCGCCACGCCGUCGCGCUCGCAACAGAAGACGGCAAGGUCGCCGUGUGAUUACAGAAGAUCCCGUCCCUCAAGCUUCACCGUCGAGUUCUCCGUCGGAAGACUUUUCAUCCUCCAUCCCCGCGGCCUCCGCUCAGGACCCUGCAUUCUAUUACAAUAGUUUAAUAUCAUCAAUUUCUGGCACAGGCGGCUGGUCUGAUUACGAGAUUGACCUGGGUGCCCAGGGAUACAUCACCAAUCUGUACAACCAGUGCUCUAUUCUUAAAACGUCUUCAUUGUUUUGGAAUUUGAGAACUCGUGUCCGACAACAAUGGGAUGACCUUCUAAACUGCGGGGUUUCUACCGGUGACAAUGGUUUAAGGGAUUUGACUAUCCCUAUUCGGUCAGCGUGGGGGCAAGGACAUAAUUGA